CCACGCCCAUGAGUGGAGUUGCCACUUUUAUUCAGACGAAAGCGCCGGUUUCUUAUUAGUAGAAUAAUAAAAUGUCUCUGGAAAUUCUAAAACAAGGCGCCGAAGGGCGUUUAUAUCUGGGCGAUUUCAAAGGAGAGGCCUGCCUGAUCAAGGAACGGUUUGUGAAGAAGUACCGUCACCCGGAACUGGACACCCAAAUCACGCGGCAGCGCAUGAAAGCCGAGGCAAAGGCGGCGGGACGAUGUCUGGCCGCUGGGAUUAUGGCUCCAAGGAUCAUACACUCGGACCUUAACACCCACAAAUUGUAUAUGGAAUACUUCGACAAAGCCCAGACGGCCAAGCAGUUCAUACAGGAUACCGUAGCCAGCCAGAGCGAGGAUCAGGCGAAGCAAUCUCUGCAGGAGUUCUGUACGAGAAUCGGUGCAAUCAUUGGGAAAAUGCACUCGAAUCAUAUAAUACACGGAGAUCUGACGACGUCGAACAUCCUUAUCAAUCCCAAGGGCGGCGAUUACGACGUUAUACUAAUUGAUUUCGGAUUAAGCCACUACAAUCAGGCGACUGAGGACAAGGGCGUGGAUCUGUACGUCUUAGAACGGGCGCUACUGAGCACCCACAGCGAGCAACCAUAUCUCUUUGAGCACAUCCUUACAGCCUACCGUAGGGUAUGCGGAAAGGACGAGCAGGCAGUACUAUCCAAGUUCGAGGAGGUGAGAGCCCGCGGUCGCAAGAGGACGAUGAUUGGUUAACAAAUAAUAAACUUUAAUAACAGCUACAAUAUUAAACUUA